AUGGCCGACUACGGGAACCACCAACGUCCAGAGUAUGCGCGCGGUCCCAACCAUGGCCAGCCCUCGGGCGCACGGGAAACCGCCUUCACCAACAUCUUCGGCGCCAGCCCCCAAAUGGCCGGCCGCUCGCAGACCAUGACUUCGCAGUCUCACAUGCGCAUGCCCGACAGAGCUGCCACCAUGUCCAGCCAGACUGCCGAUAUGAUGCAGCGCGCCCCGCCCAUGCGCCAGCCGGUCAAUGGCUAUGAUCGUCGCCCUCAUCCCCAAUACGACGCGCGCCCGGGCAGCAAUCCCGGAGAGCAGCGGCCCAUGGACCCCCAAAAUGCCUACAAUCGCCCCAUGCCGAACGGCUACGGCCAAGACCCACGAUACCACCAGGGCCCUCCGCAGCCUCAACGCCAGCCGCAGCCGCAGUACCUCCCCCAGCCGCUUCGCCCGGAGCGUCAGCCAUACGGACAGCCCCAGCGCUUUGACCCGCGAACCUCCCCUCCAGGGCAGCCCCCCUUCACCAAACCCAUACCCAACCGCUUUCCCGGCCCACCGGGCCCUGCAAUGAACGCUGACCCGUAUCGCUCGCAGUCACUAGCUUUGAAUCCGCGCCCGCAAUUCACCCCCGGAGGACCUUCUCACCCCUCGCAAGCAAACACCUUCCGCCAACAACCGUAUAUGAACCACAUGGCACGGACUACUGCCCAGGGGCGUGUUGUUCCAGAACGACCCGACGAACGGACAAUGUCUAUGACCUCUUACACCAGAGACCCCGAGCACACUCAGACAAUGAGCGGCAGGAUCAUACCAAACCGAAGACGAGAGUCUGGCGGAUCGGAAAUGGCACCUGGAGCGCCCGGCCAGCCCCAGCAUAUGAACGCUGGACUCCCGCCAAACCCCAGGAGCAUCAGCCAAGGCAGCGUACCAACCCAGUCCCGCACCAUGUCCAUGGCAUCGACCGUUGUGCCUCCGUCCGAACGAACCAACACCAUGUCUUCGAUGACAUCGCGUCCUGACUCUACCCAGACUAUGGGUAGCAACGCCAGCAACAACAGAACCUCGAAUCAGUCCAUGACCUCGCUAUCACAGGGGCAACAGGUUCCUGCCGCCCAGCGACGCGCACCGCUUGUGUACCCCGCCUUGCUAUCACGAGUUGCCGAAACCUUCCAGGAUCGAGUUGGUCUAACAGAGAAAGAGAAGGACGGUCUGGUGUAUAAGAGUGCCUUUACCGGCGCGGACGCGGUUGACCUCAUCUCGUUCAUCAUCAAGACGACGGAUCGUAAUCUAGCACUGCUUCUCGGCCGCUCUUUGGACGCCCAAAAGUUCUUCCACGAUGUGACUUACGCUCACCGGUUGCGAGAUUCGACCAACGAGAUCUACCAAUUCCGCGAGACCAUGGUAGAGGACAAGUCUGAGAUCAACGGCGUCUUCACGCUUCUCACCGAAUGUUACUCUCCCACGUGCACUCGCGACCGCCUGUGCUACUCCAUUGCUUGCCCCCGCCGCCUCGAGCAGCAGGCUCGUCUGAACAUGCGCAUUCAGCCAGGUCUCAAGCGUGAGGAGUCUAGGGCGAGUUUGCAUGAGGACAAGGACAAUGAAGAGCAGAAACUCUGGAUCAACACUGUGCCUAAGGAAGUGUCUGAGAGUGUGUCUGAGAAGGAGCAGAAGCGACAAGAGGUCAUAUCUGAGCUCAUGUAUACCGAACGCGAUUUCGUAAAGGACCUGGAGUAUCUCCGCGACUUCUGGAUGAAGCCUCUCCGUAACCCCGCGACUUCACCCAUCCCCGAGCACCGCCGCGAGAAGUUCGUCCGCACUGUUUUCUCAAACUGCCAGGAAGUCUACAUGGUGAACUCGCGUAUGGCCGAACAGCUCACGAGGCGCCAGCAGAAGGAACCCGUUGUUCGGAAUGUCGGAGACAUCUUCCUCGAGUAUGUGCCACAUUUUGCGCCCUUCAUAAAGUACGGUGCGAACCAGCUCUUCGGUAAGUACGAGUUUGAGCAUGAGAAACGCACAAAUACCGGAUUCGCCAAGUUUGUCGAUGAGGUAGAGAGAAUGAAGGAAUCGCGAAAGCUCGAGCUCAAUGGUUAUCUUACCAAACCAACAACAAGAUUGGCCAGGUACCCGCUGCUCUUGGAGAACAUCGCAAAGUACACAGCCGAUGACAAUCCCGAUAAGGAAGACAUUCCCAAGGUCAUCAAGAUUAUCAAGGAGACUCUGUCGAAGGUCAACGUGGAAUCUGGAAAGGCGGAAAACCAUUUCAAUCUGAUGCAGCUCAACAAGGACCUUAAGUUUAGGCCUGGAGAGUUUGUGGAUCUGAAGCUGACCGACGAGAACCGGCAAUUGGUGUUCAAGGGUACUUUGAAGAAGACUCCCACUGAGACCACUGGUGACAUUACUUGUUACUUGUUCGAUCAUGCAGUUUUGUUGGUCCGGGCGAAGACUGUCAACAAGCGCGAGGAGCAGAAAGUCUACAAGAAGCCUAUACCUCUGGAGCUGUUGGUCAUCACCCAGAUGGAGGAGGUCAAUCCCAAGUUGGGCAUUUCCAAGAGACCAUCAGCCAACUUGAUCGCUGGCAAGGCCAUUGCCGCUGCUACUCCAAAAAACAACGACCCCAAGCAGCAAGGAUACCCUAUCACCUUCAAACAUCUUGGAAAGGGCGGUUACGAGUUGACACUAUUUGCCAGCACCCCCAUAUCUCAGCAGAAAUGGAUGGAGCACAUCGACACACAGCAGCGAAGUCUGAGGGAGCGAAGUAACAUCUUCACUAAGACGAUCGUCAACGAAGGCUUUUUCUCUCCGACCAUCAGAGUCACCUGCGCUGUUCCGCUGGACGGUGGUCGCAAACUGGCUCUUGGUACUGAUGCUGGUGUUUAUGUCGUGGAGCGGAAGCCAAAGGAUGCCUCCAUGCGACCUCGUCGUGUUUUGGAUUGCAAGGGUGUAACCCAGAUCGAAGUUCUCGAACAACACGCAAUCGUGCUUGUGUUAGCCGAUAAAACGUUAUAUUCAUACUCGACAGAGGCUCUGGAAUCCGACGAGACCCAGUCCAUGGUCAAGCGGCCACGCAAGAUUUGCCACGCCAACUUCUUCAAGGCUGGCAUCUGCUUAGGGCAGCAACUGGUGGCUGCAGUCAAGACAUCCGCGCUCUCGACCACUAUCAAGGUGUACGAGCCAAAGGAGCAGAUGGGUAACAAGAACAAGAAGUCAGGUUUCGCGAAGAUGAUGCUCUCAACGAGCGGAGCAGACCAGCUCAAGCCCUACAAGGAGUUCUACAUUCCCACCGAAUCGACAUCUAUACAUUUCCUGCGAUCCAAGCUAUGUGUCGGCUGUGCACGCGGUUUCGAAGUCGUUAGUCUGGAGACGCUUGAAACACAAUCGCUGCUCGACCAGGCAGAUACCUCGCUUGACUUCGUCGUACGCAAGGAGAACAUCAAGCCAAUUCAUAUCGAGCGUAUGGCAAGCGAGUUCCUGCUUUGCUACACAGAUUACUCCUUCUUCGUCAACCGUAACGGCUGGCGGGCAAGGCCCGACUGGAAGAUCACUUGGGAGGGCACACCACAAGCUUUCGCCAUCUUUAACCCCUACAUCCUUGCCUUUGAGCCUAGCUUCAUCGAGAUACGCCAUAUGGAGAGCGGCGGUCUGGUGCACAUCAUUACAGCCAAGAACAUUAGAUGGUUACACACUUCGACACGAGAAAUCCUGUACUCCUAUGAAGAUGAACUCGGCACCGAUGUCAUUGCCAGUCUUGAUUUCUGGCAAACUGCAAACGGUGGAAAGCAGUCGCUUGAUGUCCAGCGCUCAUACGAGAAGAGCUAG